AUGGCAGCAACAUCACCUUCGUCUUUAUCACAGGCCUCCACUACUUUAGACUCUGGCCGGGAUCUCAUAAAUUGGGUUGUACUAACCCAGAUAAGGAGCCACGAGGUUGCAAUAGCAGAGCUCAAUAAUCUUCCUUCCUCUCGGCUGCGUAAAUUAACUUCCAAAGCCCCUUUCUUUUCUAGUUAUAAUGCGGUCUAUCAGAUAAACGGGAAUAUAUUUUUCUGUACAACUGUGCAGAAAGCAACAGCCUUUGAACAGAGAAAAAUCGAUACUGCCAAAGCUAAGUUUCAAAAGUUGAAUUCAUCUUGA